GUAAUUUUAUUAUUAAAUCUAAAAAAAUCAAGUUUAUCAAUUGGAAUAUGAACCUGUAAACGUCAUCGUAAAUCACAAAAUGCGAAGUUUCUCACGAGAUGGUGGACUGUAUUACUAUAUGCAACAGCGCUUGCAUAACAUGCAUCUGGUGUAUCCUCUUUUCGGUAUGUUUUCCAAGAUUUUCAAAGAAUCUUAGAAGAGUGGAUUCGAGCGAAUGUUGCGUACGUAGAAAGCCGAAGCAGAAACAUCGAAAAGUACGUUCGCACGAUUUUCCGAGAUGCGUGAAAGCUGACUCAGAUUAUGCGCGACGGAAAUUCAAAAAUUCUUCUUGUUUUGAACGUAAUCGUAAAGAUCAACAAGAAUGUCAAUUGUACCAUAGGGAAAAAAUAUGCGCUCAAUCAGGAGAAUGUCGGAACAUGCAUCAGUGUACGCUGGAAAAGAAUAGGAAAACCUCACUAAUAUGUAACAAACAAGCUGAACAUUCGAAUAGUUACAAGUCGGAUGAUUCUUUAAACAAGAGGAAUAGCACAAAUGCAAAUUUAAAAGCAAAUAAAAGCGAAUAUCAUGUUUGUAAAAGAUCUUGAGGUAAAAACAAGGGGCAUCAAGAAUUAAAAAUAAAAGUGGAUUAUAACAAUGAAAUAAAAACGUCGAACGAU